UACACAUCCCGCUUUAAGCGCCCAACACGUUAUAUAAAUGUCGCCUGUAUACCAAAACGAGUCAACCCAAACCAACUCAGUUUUCCAACCAUCAGGCACAAGCUCUGCAUUCAUGGGUUCUCUCGGCUACUUAGACGAACCUUUUGGCUCUUUGAAGUAUCCGAGGGCUCGGAGGGACGAUUCGGUGGUCGAUGAUUACCAUGGUGUUAAGGUUGCUGACCCUUAUCGAUGGCUCGAAGAUUCUGAUGCUGAAGAAGUAGAGGAGUUCGUGAAGAAGCAGGUUGGUCUGACGGAAUCGGUGCUUGAAACAUGCGACUCCAGGGGAAAACUCCUCAACAAAAUCACGAGACUAUUCGAUCAUCCGCGCUACACCGUGCCGUUUAAGCGAGGGAAUAAGUAUUUUUUCUUCCACAACACCGGCCUCCAAGCACAGAACAUCCUUUACGUGCAGUCUGGUUUAGAGGGAGAACCAGAGAUUUUGCUUGACCCCAACACCCUUAGCGACGACGGAACGGUGUCGUUAAAGGCCUUUUCCGUUAGCCAGGACGCCAAGUACUUGGCUUACGGGCUUAGUUCGAGUGGAAGUGACUGGGUGACGAUUAAAGUAAUGCGAGUCGAGGAUAAAACAGAGGAGCCCGACACUUUAUCAUGGAUAAAAUUUUCUGAUAUCAGCUGGACACAUGACAGCCGAGGGUUUUUCUACAGCCGAUACCCAAUGCCCAAAGAUGGAGUGAAUCUUGAUUCUGGGACGAAAACUAGUGUUAACGUUAAUCACGAGUUAUACUAUCAUUUCCUUGGCACAAGUCAAUCUGAAGACAUCUUAUGCUGGCGAGAUCCUCAGAAUCCUAAGCACAUGUUUAGUGGAAAAGUGACAGAUGAUGGAAAGUAUCUUAUUCUUUACAUUGAAGAAGGUUGUGGCCCCGUCAAUAAACUGUAUCUCUGCGACAUGUCUGCGCUUGCAGACGGUCUGGAAGGUUUCAGGGAAAGAAACAGCCCACUCCCGUUUGUUAAGUUGAUAGACGAGUUCGAUGCACAGUAUUUUAACCUUGCUAAUGACGAUUCAUCGUUUACUUUCUUGACAAACAAAGAUGCUCCAAAAUAUAAAUUGGUCCGAGUCGAUCUGAAGGAACCGAGUAAAUGGACCGAUGUCAUACAGGAGAAUAAAAAAGAUGUGCUUGAAUCAGCAUGUGUUGUGAAUGGAAACCAGAUGAUUGUGAGCUAUUUGAGUGAUGUCAAGUAUGUGCUCCAAGUAAGGGAUUUGGAAACAGGUUCCAUGCUGCAUGAUUUGCCCAUUGACAUAGGGACUGUAUACGGGAUUUCGGCUCGUCGGGAGGAUAAUACUGUUUUCAUCGGUUUUACGAGCUUUCUCACUCCUGGUAUCAUAUAUCAAUGUGACUUGGGAAACAAGUUUCCAGAGAUGAAGAUAUUUCGUGACAUCACUGUACCUGGAUUUGAUCGCUCGGAGUUCGAAGUCAAUCAGGUUUUUGUGCAGAGUAAAGAUGGCACCAAGAUCCCGAUGUUCAUUGUUGGCAGGAAGGACACAAAACUUGAUGGAUCACACCCUUGUUUGUUGUACGGAUAUGGUGGAUUCAAUGUCAGUCUCACACCAGUGUUUAGUGUUAGUCGUAUUGUGCUCGCCAGACACCUAGGUGCCUUCUUCUGCAUCGCAAAUAUUCGCGGUGGUGGAGAAUAUGGCAAGGAAUGGCACAAGGCUGGUGCCUUGUCCAAGAAGCAAACUUGCUUUGACGACUUCAUUUCUGCAGCUGAGUAUCUAAUAUCUUCUGGAUAUACUCGGCCUGAAAAGCUAAGUAUUGAAGGAGGAAGCAAUGGUGGGCUUCUAGUUGGAGCUUGCAUAAAUCAGAGACCCGAGCUUUUCGGUUGUGCUUUGGCUCAUGUCGGUGUGAUGGACAUGCUGAGGUUUCACAAGUUCACCAUAGGCCAUGCUUGGACCUGUGAUUUUGGUUGUUCCGAAAACGAAGAAGAUUUUCACUGGCUUAUCAAGUACUCACCAUUACAUAACGUGAGGAGACCGUGGGAGAAACAUCCUGGUGGACUGUCACAAUAUCCAUCCACCAUGCUAUUGACUGCAGAUCACGAUGAUCGUGUUGUUCCAUUACAUUCAUUGAAGAUUUUGGCAACAAUGCAAUAUGUUCUUUGUACAAGCUUGGAGAACAGCCUGCAGACUAACCCGAUUAUCGGACGCAUCGAGCGUAGGGCCGGCCAUGGAUGUGGACGUCCAACACAAAAAUUGAUCGAUGAGGCUGCCGAUCGGUAUAGCUUCAUGGCUAAGGCGUUGGGCGCAUCUUGGAUAGAGUAACUCGUAUAUUUAAGUUAUCCUAGAGGUAGGGGCUCCUUAUAUGUUACUGUGAGAUACGUGUAGUUAAAUAAUUUACCCUGUGGAUUUCAAAAAUAAUAAUAAUUUACCGUGUACUUGCAAAGUAACUAUGCAUCAAGUUACAAAAAAAUACUCCUUAUACGUAGAGCCGGCUUUUGAGGGGAGCAACCUGUGCACUUGCUCAGGCUCC